ACUUCACUUGAAGUAACGAUAAAGUGGAAAUCGUUGUGUGCUAUAGCUGACUGUUGCUGCAAACUGUGAAAUACACCCCCAUCCACCCCACACACGUGUAUAUAUACAUUUGCAGUUACUCGGGACCAGUAAACAACUGUUUAGUUCUAAAGACUGUUGAACUAUCUGGAGUACUUUUCGUAGUAAUCUGUUUAGCCAAAGAUACGCGGAGGUUCGAAGUUAAUUUUGCCAAGGUCUAUUUGAUCCUCUGUCUGUUACUCUUUAUAUAGAAUGUGUUUGUGUUUACAAAUUAAGCGGGGAAAAUACGCAAUAUACGAGCCAAAGAUGACGAAUUACCUCAGAACCAGCUGUAAUUAUAUUUUAUUUUAAAACUCAAUGAUAAUCAUUUCAUCAGUUUGAUGGGUUUAUAGUUAAUCAGUGAUGAUGCCACCCAACUCCCUCCAGGUGAUAUUUGGUGGUGCUCUCCAAGGCAUCUGUGAUUCACUCAGGGGUACCAUAAAAUUUUACAAGAUUUGUGUAGAAUCUUCUCAGAAAGAGAAAGAGAAGAAGAAAAAGAAAAACACAGAACCUUCUUUGAUGAAGAACAUUUUAACUUGCUGCUUCUGGAAUGGAGGUGUCUUUCUGGCCAGUAUAUUAGGUUUUAAUUACAUUCUGCUCCCUAUUGUGCAAAACAUAAUCCAGUUUAUAUUUGGUGAAACAGUAUAUGAUGGAGUAGUUUGGCUGUGGAUCUACCAAAUUCUUUCAUGGACAUUUAAUACUCUUUGGGUUCUUCCUUUGUUUGUUGUCAGUAAAAUAGUAAACUGCUUCUGGUUUCAGGACAUUGCUGACCAAGCCUACAAGACCACACGUGGACGACCUCGGGCAUUACCAUUCAGUACCAUGGUAGCUGAUACAUGCUUCAGUGUUUUACUUCAUCUAAUAUUCCUGAUACAGAGUAUGUUGGCAAGUUUGAUCCCGAUUCAGGGAAUUGGAACAUUUAUUGGUCUUCUACAUAUGUCUCUGCUAUCUUCGUCCUAUGCUUUUGAAUACAGAUGGUUUAAUAUGGGUUGGGAAGUGCACCAAAGAGUAGCCUGUGUUGAGAAAAAUUGGCCAUAUUAUUUUGGAUUUGGUUUACCUCUUGCGCUUUGUACACUGAUGGUUUCUUCUCAACUUGUGAGUGGCUGUGUUUUCUCGCUUCUUUUUCCUCUCUUCAUCAUCAGUGCAAAUGAAGCUGAACUUAGACAAAGCAAUGUAUUUAGUCCUUUCACAUUGAAACUGUUCACACCAUCAGCUAAACUGACUAAUUCAAUCUUUUGUUUCUUGACGAAUCCUCGAGCUCCCUGAAAUGACUUCCUCACUUAUUAUCUCUUAAAUCUACCUCUUUGGUGUACUUUCAAGGCAGCAAAACAGCAAAGAAGGAUAUGUUCUGAACAGAGAUUAAAAUAUAUUCCAAAAAAAGGCACUUUAAAUGUGUGUUGAUGAAUAAAAAUAGAUAAUAUGAUGUGAGAGGAAACAAAAUUGAAAAACAAUAACAAUAAAAAAGCUGAAUAAAACAAUCAUUUUUGAUGGUGACAUAAAAUACUCACUACUAUGUCAAGUUCAUUUGAAGAUCUCAGAAACUGUUUUGUUUGCCAAUUGCAGAGGAGAUCUUAGCAACCGAUACCACUAUACAAGUGUUUACUGAAUGUUAAACUAUGCAAUUAAAUUCCAUUCAAAAGAAAAUGAAAGAAUCGAAAAUGAAACUGCAAUCCAAGAUUCAGUUCUACAACAGCAACAAAACGACAACAAAUAUAAUUUUUCAUUUUGCUAGUUUUUUUUUUUUAAUAUACUGUGGAAACUCUUUGAAAAGUCCUUGCUGCAAAUUUUAUGUGCUUAAUGAAGGCUUUAGAAACAUUUCUAAUGCACCUACAUCCUAUAUAUCUUGGAGACAUAUCAUCAGAAAGUGUUACCACUGAUACAUAUCUGUGAAAAGAUAUAUUUGUCCAAUUUUACCAGUGGUAAUUUUUCACCAAAUUUUUAAAUAUUCAAAUACUUAUUGCCCUUGGUGAAGAAAAAUUCCAAGUAAGAAUAUUUUGGUGAAAACAGAGAAAGGCUUAUUUUCAUUGGAAAUUAAUAUGUGUGUAAACAAAUAAAAAAUUUCAUCACAUAUAUUUUUCAAAAUUAGAUGGUUCAAUAAAGCCUUGAACAUUUUUUCCCAAUUUUUCUUUUACCAUUUUUUUUUAAAUGUAUGUAUGUUAUUAAUUUUAAAAAAUUAUCCUCACACUACAUUUACAAUGGAACUUCAUACCAGAAAAUUGUUAAACUUAAAUAUUGCCUAAGUAACGAAAACAUUCAUGUGCUUCUUAUUCAUUUACAGUUUGUUUCAAUAGAAAAAUUUGAAGUAAGGAUGAAGACAGGCUCAUUUUCCCUACUGAGAAUUGUCUAUUGGAUGUAAUAUAAGUGAUGACUGGUUUCUCAUUUAGAUGCUUUAAUAAAUAGCUGAAAUUUAUGUUCUGAUGACUGCAUAGCAAAAAAGCAAAAUGAAAAAAAGGUGAAGGGCAUGGUUACAUUUUCUAUUUUAUGCUAUCUCACUAUACAGCAAUAAAGCUUUCGAUAUGACAUUAUUUAAUAGUAUUAAAAGGAAAAGGACAAUAAUAAAAUAAAAUGUAUAUAUUAUAAAGCAUGUUGCACAGGAGAGUUUGAUACAUAAAAUUCAUUUUCAUUAAUAAUACAUAUAUACAGAGUAAUGAAUUUAUCUUUCCAGUUAAUGGUACCUGAAUGGAUAUAAAUUAAGCUGCCUCAUUCA